GGCGGCCGGCGCCGACCGCGGGACUCAUCAUGCUGCUCCCCUCUUGCAGCGACCCCGACAACGUCGCGUUCUGCGUGCUGGCCGCGGACCACGAGGACGAGGGGGACAUCGCCCUGCAGAUCCACUUCACUCUGAUCCAAGCCUUCUGCUGCGAGAACGACAUCGACAUUGUGCGUGUGAACGACGUGGCCAAGUUGGCGGCCAUCGUGGGGCCCAGCGAGGACUCCGGGGAGCCGCGGGAUCUCCACUGCAUCCUCAUCACGAACCCGAAUGAAGAAGGCUGGAAGGACCCAGCUCUGGAGAAGCUGAACUUGUUUUGCGAAGAGAGCCGAAAUCUCAAUGACUGGGUGCCGACUAUCCCCCUGCCUGAGUGAUGGUCACCUGGUGCACUGGGGAGGCUGAAACCUUUGUUGCAUUCUCAACGUGCUGUGCAUUCACCAAAAUGUGCAACAAGCUGCUGAUUCCAUGGAUUAGCCUGGUCAAGAGACUGGAUUAAAGUCGCUCAGACUGGCAUGCAGUGGGCUCUUACAGAGGAGAAAGAGGAAAACAGCUCAUCUCACCAGUGAGCCUCAGUAGGCUGCAACCGUGGAGAGGCUGACAUACCAUGGAACUGAAAGAAGUAUUGCAAGUUUGGCUAUGUGGAGCUGUUUCAGAAGGGAGAGGGGAAGUUGAGGGAAGUGGGCCAAAACUUUCCAGAAGGACUGGAUAGAGUACUGUAACUGGGAACUGUUGGUGCUGUCUGCAAAACACAGGAGAAAGUAUCAAUAUUUAUGGAGUAUUGGGGAUUGGUUAUUAAGACAAAUGCAGAUAUUCCAAAGCAGACAGACUUCAACAGGCCUCUUGGGUCACUCUGCAGAUCUGUUUUAAUACCGCAAUAACUUUUAUUGAAAUACUUGCUGCUAUUGAAGCUUUCAUAAUAAAUUUUUGACAAUUAA